AUGGCAGAAGAAAAUAAGACUCUGGUGACGGAGUUUGUCCUCACAGGACUUACAGAUCAUCCAGGGCUGCAGGUGCCCCUGUUCCUGGUGUUUUUUCUGAUCUACCUCAUCACCAUGGUGGGCAACCUGGGCCUGAUUACUCUCAUCUGGAAGGACCCCCACCUUCACACCCCCAUGUACUUAUUCCUUGGCAGUUUAGCCUUUGCAGAUGCAUGCACUGCAUCCUCUGUGACUCCUAAGAUGCUUAUCAACUUCUUAUCUAAGAAUCAUGUGAUAUCCCUCUUUGACUGUAUGGCCCAGUUUUAUUUUUUUGGUUCCAGUGCAACCACAGAAUGUUUCCUCCUGGUAGUGAUGGCCUAUGACCGCUAUGUAGCCAUAUGCAGUCCCUUGUCUUAUCCAGUGGUGAUGUCUAAUAGCCUCUGUACUCAGCUUAUCGGUGUUUCAUAUUUUAUUGGUUUUCUGCAUUCAGCAAUUCAUGUAGGUUUGUUAGUUAGAUUAAUUUUCUGCAGCUCCAAUGUCAUACAUUAUUUCUACUGUGAAAUUUUACAACUGUUCAAAAUUUCCUGCUCUGAUCCUACGGUUAAUAUACUUCUGGUUUUAAUCUUUUCAGCUUGUAUACAAGGCUUCACUUUUAUCACUAUCAUAAUCUCUUACUCCUGUGUCCUCUUUGCCAUCCUGAAAAAGAAGUCUGAGAAAGGCAGAAGCAAAGCCUUCUCCACAUGCAGCGCCCACCUGCUCUCUGUAUCUUUGUUCUAUGGCACUCUCUUCUUCAUGUAUGUGCGUCCUGGGUCUGGAACAGCUGAAGACCAGGACAAAAUGUAUUCUAUAUUUUACACCAUAAUAAUUCCUCUGUUAAAUCCUUUUAUUUACAGCCUGAGGAACAAAGAGGUUAUCGGUGCCUUGAGAAGAAUAAUGAAGAAAUAA